UGACCCUCUUCUCUCCUAUUCAACUAGAGCGCGCUCUGGAACAAUUCGGUUCCAACAGUCGUAUACUUGAAUAUAUAAUUUUGGGCAUUUUUUGAAUGUGAAAAACCAGGUUUAAUCGGAUGUAGAAUUGCAAGCUCAAAAUCUAGGAACAAUCUGCGGAUGGGAGUUGUGGUGAAAUAACAGAGCCCGGCCUUCUUCUAGGGUUGCAGCUCUCCGCACCAAUGGCGCUGCUCUCGCCGCAUCUCUUCUCCCUGCCCUUUUCUGUCUCUCAUCAGGAACCAUUCCUCAUCUCUUUCUCCUAUCGGAGGCAAGUCCACCGCCGGCGAAAUCAAACUGUCACCGCCUUCAGAGCCUCAUGGGAGCUCGCGGGGGUCUUGAUCUUCUCGGCAAUUCCUUUUGCGGCGGUGAAAGCCGUCGCGAACAGUUCGGUCGGGGAAAUGCUUCGUCGGAGGCUUGAGGAUACGAAGAAGGAGGCUGCGGAGAGGUCUUCCAGGUUCGAGGCACUCGCUCGAAAGGCUAAAGAAGCAAGUCCAUGGUAUGGAAGAAGCCGCCCUAAAUGGCUUGGUCCCAUCCAAUUUAACUACCCACAAUAUCUUACUGGGGAGUACCCUGGUGAUUAUGGAUUCGAUGUGGCAAGCUUGGGCAAGGAUCCUGUGACGCUACAAAAAUAUUUUAACUUUGAAAUUCUUCAUGCUCGUUGGGCCAUGCUCGGAUCUCUUGGAGUUUUUGUUCCUGAACUAUUAGACCUUCUUGGCAUCGUGCAUUUUGUUGAGCCAGUGUGGUGGAGAGUAGGGUAUGCUAAGCUUCAGGGUGACACUCUUGAUUAUCUGGGAUUUCAUAUUGCUGGUAGUCAAGGAGUAAUCGUCAUAGCUAUCUGUCAAGCUCUUUUAAUGGUUGGGCCAGAGUAUGCUAGAUAUUGUGGGAUAGAAGCAUUGGAACCACUGGGCAUCUAUCUCCCAGGGAACAAAAACUAUCCUGGAGGUUUACUCUUCGAUCCACUCGGCCUUUCGAACGAUCCAUCGGCUUUUGAAGAGCUUAAGGUGAAGGAGAUUAAAAAUGGCCGCUUGGCAAUGGUUGCUUGGUUAGGUUUCUUUCUUCAAGCAGCUCUGACCGGAAAAGGCCCUCUCCAGAAUUUACUUGAUUUCAUAUCAGACCCUCUUCACAACAAUGCUAUAUCUCUCUUAAAGCGAUUUUAAGCUCAACAAUUCUCAAGGAUUGUUAUGCAGACUUUCUAUAUUUGGAAAGCAGUCUUAAAUCAGUUGUAUAUCUCUAUUGUAUGUAAAAUAUGUGAUUAUUAAAUCACUUUUAGACUAUAUAUAUAUAUAUACACACACACUUUUUUGAU